UGAUUUUGCAUUUCCUGGAGGACUGUUUUGUUUACUUACAGUUCUCCUCCCUGUCAGAUCGGGCACACUGCCCUGGACAGCUUUGCACAGCACAGCCGUCCAGAGCAGUGUGAUUACAGUGAAGCACACAGUCUCCACCCCCCAGUAAAAAACUCCCUGCACACAGUUAACCCUUUUGAUCGCCCCUCAUGUUAACUCCUUCCUGCCCAGUGCCAUUGGUACAGUGUCAGUGCUUUUUUUUUUUAGCACUAAUCACUGUAUUGGUGUCACUGGGGAUGUCAAUGACAUCAAGUCAGUUCCCCCCAGUGUCAGAAUACCUGCCACAGUCCCACUAU